GUCAAGGCAUGCCAAUUUGUUUGGAUUUCCAUGUGACACCGACUUCAUCUAAAAUAACCGAUAAAACCGCCGGAAACUAAGCGAAAUCUGUCCGUGUGAGACAGCAGUGAUGGGAAAGAAAGGCAAGAAAGAGAAGAAGGUGAAGGGAGCGGAGAAAACAGCCGCCAAAAUGGAGAAAAAGGUUUCAAAAAGGUCCAAACGAGAGGAGGAGGAUUUAGAGGCUCUGAUCGCUGAGUUUCAGAAUCUGGAUGCAAAGAAGACCCAAGUCGUAGAGUCAACAUGUCCACCUCCAUCACCGAGAUUGAGCGCGUCUCUUUCUGCGCAUCCUGAGAAAGAUGAGCUCAUCCUGUUUGGGGGAGAAUUCUUCAACGGAAAGAAGACGUACCUGUACAACGAUCUGUUUUUCUACAACAUAAAGAAGAACAGCUGGGUUAAAUCUGAGAUCCCCAACCCUCCUCCCCCACGCUGCUCCCACCAGGCGGUGGUGGUUCCCCAGGGUGGGGGUCAGCUCUGGGUGUUUGGGGGAGAGUUUGCCUCUCCGAACGGGGAGCAGUUCUACCACUACAAGGACCUCUGGGUGCUGCACCUGGCUACACACACGUGGGAGAACAUCAAGGCGCCUGGCGGUCCAUCAGGACGCAGCGGUCACCGGAUGGUCCUCGGCAAGAAACAGCUGCUGGUGUUUGGAGGUUUUCACGAGAGCACCAGGGAUUUUAUCUACUACAAUGACAUCUACUCCUUCUCCCUGGACACCUUCUCCUGGUCACGCCUCACUCCGUCAGGCACCGCCCCCUCCCCGCGCUCCGCCUGUCAGAUGACCUCCACGCCAGACAGCACGGGUGUCAUCAUUUAUGGGGGAUACUCUAAAGUGAGAGUCAAGAAGGAUGUAGAGAAGGGAACCAUCCACUCAGACAUGUUCCUUCUCAAGCGAGAGGGUAAAGAUGGCCAAGAGAAGUGGUCAUGGUCCAGGUUGAACCCCUCUGGGAACAAGCCUCCACCUCGCUCUGGUUUUUCUCUGGCGGUGGGUCCAGCAGGGCGGGCGGUGCUGUUUGGUGGAGUUUGUGAUGAGGAAGAGGAGGAGACACUGGAGGGCGACUUCUACAACGACCUCUACCUGUACGACACAGCGAAGAACCGCUGGUUCCCCGGCCUGCUCAGGGGAAACAAGCCAGAGAAGAAGAAAAGAAGAAGAGGGAAGAAGGGUGGAGCAGAGGGGGAGGGAGAGGAGACGAAAGAGGAGGAGCAGCAGGAGGGGACACCUCAAGGACCCACGGAGGUCAUCAAGGAGAUUAUCACUGAGGACGGCACCGUGAUGACCAUCAAGGAGGUGAUCCCUGGAGCUCAGGAGGAGGAGGAGGAGGAGGAGGAGGAGGAGGAAGAGGAGGACGAGGACGAUGCUGGUUCAGCCUCGGCCCCUCUGGUGGAGCCCUGUGCGAGGUCCAGCGCCAUGGCAACGGUGCGUCAGGGCAAGCUCUUCCUAUACGGAGGGAUGUUCGAGGUUGGCGACCGUCAGUUCACACUGAACGACUUCUACUGUCUGGACCUCAACAAGAUGGACCAGUGGGACGUUCUGGUUGAAAUGGAUCCAAAGACGCAGGAGUGGCUGGAAGAGUCUGAGUCAGAGGAAGAUGAGGAGGAGGAGGAGGAGGCGAAAGGAGCAGAAGGGGAGGAAGAGGAGGAGGAGUCUGAAGAGGAAAGCGAGGAUGAGGAAGAUGAAGAGGAGCACCCCGCAGUGCAGGAGGGAGAGACAGUGACGGAUUACCAGACCCGCACAGAGCAGUACUGGAUAGGACUUGCACGUGCCAACAUGGGCCCCGACGCCAAGGACAAAAAGGUCGCCAAGGUUGCCCUCGCUAUGGCUAAAGUCUUCUUUGAAGACCAGUAGUGGGAUUUGCCCAAAACUGUUUGAGUGACUGUGAGUUUGCGGUUUGUGUGUGUGCGUGUAUGUGUGUUCUUUGUAAGGAACUUUUAUAAAGUUUUGAACUGCCCUGCAAAAAGUUCAAAUAAUGCAAAUUGAAUAUCAUUCAAAUUUAAAACGGAAAAUAAAAAAAAAAACACUUAAAUUUCUCCCACUGUUGAAAUUAAAUUUGUAUAUAUUGACUAUUUUUACGAGUACACUGUUAUAUUUCUGGUAUGUUGACAGUUGUUCAUCAAAUCUCAGUAAGAAUAACGCUGUGUGACUUCACAUGGUAACAUUUAACGUUAACAUUUUUAGGUAUUUUGCUGCUGUCCGUUUUUGAGACCAGUGUGUUGAGGCAAAGUAAAUAAGACAGUAGUGUUUAAAUACUCGGAGCCACAUCUUAGUGCAGGUGAGUAUUGAAAUUAAAUUGCAUCGUCAUGUCAUGAGGACUAAAAAAGUUGGGGGUUGUACAAACUGCUAAAUUAUUAUCUUCCCUUUAACAUGGCUCUUUUUAUCCCAAAAACAUCUGUGUAGCGUUCCUCUUUUAUUGCUUAUAGAUCAGUGAUGUCACAGGGGGUGUUUUACCUGCAAGCUUGUCAGAUUUGUGCCAGAACUAAAACUUGACUACACUUAAACCCACUUUAGGUGAUUUUUCUG